UAUAAAGAUUCCUUCUGUGACCGUCAGGAUCCUCUAUGAUAGAAUUCAUUCAUCCGGUCAAAAUCUCGACAGAAACCAACAGAGCUGCCUCCAUGGCGCUGGCGGAGUCCACUCGGCCCGCUCCUGCCAGGUGGGCCACACCACACGUGAGACACGCGAGCGGAGCCCACCACACCACUGCUCGCCCACAUCGCCCGUCCGUGCAAAUCUCCGAAGCGAUACCAGCCGUCCGAUGCUCCCGCGAAUGCUCUCGCCUUCCUCGCAUGCCCCGCCGUCCGCUAUAAAUAUGCUUCUCCCUUGGCCGUCCCGAGCAGAUAAGAUCAUCGCGCGGCGCGGUGAAAAAAAAAAAUUCCAACCGAACCAACCCUAGCAGUAGUUAGGGUUUCGGCGAUGGCGGCGGCGGCAAGGCAGCGUGGGACGGUGAAGUGGUUUAACGACACGAAGGGGUUCGGCUUCAUCUCCCCCGAAGACGGUAGCGAGGACCUCUUCGUCCACCAGUCCUCCAUCAAGUCGGAGGGUUUCCGCUCCCUCGCCGAGGGCGAGGAAGUCGAGUUCACCGUCUCCGAGGGUGACGACGGCCGCACCAAGGCCGUCGACGUCACCGGCCCCGACGGAUCCUUCGUCAAGGGUGGCGGCGGCGGCGGCGGCGGCGGCGGCUUUGGAUCCCGCGGCGGGGCCGGAUCUGGCGGAGGUGGCCGCAGCUACGGCGGUAGCUGGGGCGGAGGGAGGAGAUCCGGCGGUGGAGGCGGCCCCGGCGCGUGCUACAAGUGCGGCGAGCCGGGCCACAUGGCCAGAGACUGCCUCAGCGCCGACGGCGGAGGUGGUGGUUAUGGCGGAGGUGGUGGUUAUGGCGGUGGUGGUGGUUAUGGUGGUGGCGGCGGCGGCUGCUUCAAGUGUGGUGAGCCUGGCCACCUGGCUAGGGACUGCUUCCAAGGCGGAGGUGGCGGUGGAGGAGGAGGCGGCGGCGGCGGCGGCGCCUGCUACAACUGCGGCCAGACCGGACACCUGGCGAGGGACUGCCAGAGUAACUCCGGCGGCGGCGGCGGCGGCGGCGACCGCUCCUGCUACAACUGCGGCGAGGCCGGCCACAUCGCCCGCGACUGCCGCGCGUGAUGGAUCACAUGGUCUCUCUAUAGAUCUCGCCUAAUUCUUCAUAUUUCGUCGGACUGUUGCUUUAGUUUUGCCGAUCUGGGUUCGAGCGCAUGCCUCCUUCGUAUAAAGGAGGCUUUUUUUUCUUUUCUUUUCCGUUCUUGUCUGGGAUUUGGUAGGAGAACUUAUCAUCGUGUGGUGCUUUUGCUAUGAGUUGGGUUUCGUCGUCGCUAAGAUUAAGAAGAAGAGGUGAGAUGGAUUGUUUUUGUGUGGUGAAGACUGAGGAGAUGACAAAUCUGCCUCCUUUUUUGUGGUUUGCUCCAGAUGAAGAAGGUGAUUACUGUCCGUCAUAAA